UUCUAGGCUGAACUCACACAGGCACACUGCACUGCACUGCACGAAAACGACCAGCUGAAUCCGCUACAAGUGACCCACACAAACAUCCACAAAACUAAGACAGCACCAGGGUGCCUGGUUACUGUACCUCCCUCUGUGCUUUCUCUGUGCGCAGACGGCCCUAGUAUUGAGGCACCCUACACGCCCUAGACAGCAGCACAGCAGACAGCCCUCUACCGGGUACGCUGUCUACCAGAUAACGAAGGCAACGUGACAUUGUCUACUCAGCACGUGGCCGUCCUCGCAUGUCUACUAGUCUGCUCGCACGCUCAGCAACAAGCGGCGCCUCUUCAGGCAACAGAAGCAGACACAGAUUAUGAAUCAUGGCGUCCGAUUACGCAAACUACGCAGCAGGAAGCAGAGCGAAGGUAUUACAGCCCAGCUGCAGCUCCAGUACCUAUGGCCCAUCAUGGCCAUCAGCAACAGCAAGCGCAAAGGAAUGAAAAGGUUCCUGGUUCACUUCAGGGAAGCGGACAGACAAAUAGUGAUGCUGUAGCACAGGCUAGUUAUCCAGUGUUGUCAGAGGCAGCCCAUACCGGUUCACAGGGCGAAAGCACGGGGUUCGUUGCGGUACCCACUGUGGCGCAAGGCGUUCAUGUCGACUCAGAGAAGGCUGAACCUGCCGCUGCCGAAAGCGGCUACGGAGGAGGAGGAUACGGCGGUGGCCACAGUGGCGGUUACGGUGGCGGACACGGUGGCGGACACGGCGGAGGCUACGGAGGAGGAGGCGGCGGAGGGGGUGGUGAUGGACAUGGCGAAUACUUUCAGUUCGUUCGUGUUCCCGGCUACGACACCUACGAGUUCGGCUACAGGAAAGGCAACCCUCACCACUUCCAGGAACGACAUGAGUCCAGACAUGGCCCUCACUUCAGAACAAAGCAACGGUGGGGCGACAAGCACGGCGGCUACGGGGAACACUACUGGGAGUACAACCAUGCACCGAAGCACGAGUACCAUGAUGAGCACGGCGACGGACACUGACGACACCACCAUCUCAUUGUCCUGGACAGUGUGUUCCAGGAGGUCCACUACUUGUAUCCACUCUGUCCAGCAUCUGUACAGUGCUGCACACCGACAAGAUCGUGAGGGCAUGACUCUGUGCUUGAGUUGACUGAUAAGUGGAAGAGAUUUUGCGACGUGUCGGUUUUUUUCUACACACAAAGGGAACUAUGCGGGUCGUCGCCUGUUAUGCCUUUUUCGCGCGAAGGACAUCACAUGGAGGUGUUUACAAAGAAGAAAUGCAGAUUAAACGAUUGUGU